AUGCCCUUCAAGAUCAACACUACUACCCUCCUCUACAUCGUGGUUGUGGUGGGAGGGGCCAUCUCCUUGAUCCUAGGAGCGAUGUCUUGGGCUCGCACUGCCGCACAGCUUCUUCCUUUACCGAUAUGGGUUCCAGCCAUCGCUACACUCAUAUCCCCAAUCACAAUACUCACACUGAUAGCCACGCGAGUCCUUUUCCCACGGUCAAGCAAUGAGACAUCUCGCAACCGUCGAUGGACCACAAUAUCCGGUAUACUGAAUCACAUCCAAACCAUCAUAUCGACCAUCGUGGCCACAGUAGCACUUGCAUAUCUCUUCCCCGAUAGGAUUCUCUCAUGCAACCUAGAUCAACAAUGGCAGGCGUUCUUCCAGUCGAAGAAUUCCCACGCUAUCCGCUCAAUCCAAGAUGAGUUCCGAUGCUGUGGUCUGAGAAGUCUUCACGACAGGGCAUGGCCUUUCAAGGACCGGAACCACGGAGACAACGCGUGUGAGUUGCAGCUGGGAUAUCAGAGGAGUUGUUUCGCUCCUUGGAGGGAGCACCAGCAGAAUACGUCUUGGAUGGUUUUUGCGGCGGCUAUUUUGGUUUUUGUGGCCAAGAUCGCUUUCUUUCAGCUUUCCAGCCGUCAAACGAGUUGGAUGAGCACGCAAUCUACAAGCGGGAGGCCUGAUUAUCAGCGAAUCUCACCCCCGGGUGUGCAGGACGAAGGAGAUAAUGAGGACGAUGUGCCCAGGGAUGCGCGGAGGACAUUCUUACCCCAGUCGAACGUUGGGUAUAGAAACGACUGGGAGGUGGAGUAA